CCCGGCCAGCCAGCGGGGCCCGACCGCGACAUCCCGGGUCGCGUUGUACCGGACCGUAUUGUAUCGGGCCGUGCCGGGCCGGGCCGUGCGGGAGCCCAGCCCGGAGGGACGCCAAGGCGGCGACGGCGGACCGGCACCCUCAAGCCCAGCCAAACUCGGAAGCCCUUUUCUUCGGCCAGAGCUGUUUCAAGAGGCGCUUCGCUCCCUGCCGCUGGACCGGAGGCCGUCCGGCCCUUCUCCCAACAACCCAGUUUACCGCAUUUUGGAGAGCUGGCUGCUGCUUCGGGUCAGCUGGAUUCCGGGCCAUUGCUCCUAACCGCUUUCCAUGUUCUAGGAGCCCACUCUUAAGAGAAAUCAUUUUUGGCGAUUAAAAAGUGGCAACCAUGGCACUCCCCUUCCGGAAGGAUUUGGAAAAAUACAAGGAUCUCGAUGAAGAUGAACUCCUUGGCAAUCUUUCAGAAAAUGAGCUGAAACAACUGGAAACUGUUCUGGAUGACCUUGACCCAGAUAAUGCACUUCUGCCUGCAGGCUUCAGGCAGAAAAAUCAAACGGCUAAGAACGCCACGGGGCCCUUCGACCGGGAUCACCUCCUUUCGUAUUUGGAAAAAGAAGCAUUGGAACACAAAGACAGGGAAGACUUUGUACCGUUCACUGGAGAAAAAAAAGGAAAAAUAUUCAUCCCCAAACAGAAACCAGUACAAUCUUUCGCGGAAGAAAAAGUGUCCCUUGAUCCAGAGCUAGAAGAAGCCCUGACAAGUGCCUCUGACACAGAAUUGUGCGACCUUGCAGCUAUUCUUGGGAUGCACAAUCUGAUUACGAACAGUCAGUUCUGCGAUAUAGUAGGAAGCAGUAAUGGUGUGGGCCAAGAUAAUUUUUCAAACGUGGUGAAAGGUGAAAAGAUUCUACCAGUGUUUGAUGAACCACCAAAUCCCACAAACGUUGAAGAGAGCCUGAAGAAAAUUAAAGAAAAUAACUCCCAUCUCAGUGAAGUUAAUCUGAACAACAUUAAGAACAUCCCGAUUCCAACCCUAAAGGAGUUUGCCAAGGCCUUGGAAGCCAACACCCACGUGACGUGUUUCAGCCUCGCAGCCACCCGCAGCAAUGAUCCCGUUGCAGUUGCUUUUGCAGACAUGCUGAAAGUGAACAGAACCUUGAAGAGUUUAAAUUUGGAGUCCAAUUUUAUCACGGGAGUUGGCAUCCAAGCCCUGGUUGAUGCUCUGAAAGAGAAUGAAACCCUGUCAGAGAUCAAGAUCGACAACCAGAGGCAACAACUGGGGACAGCUGUAGAAUUGGAAAUUGCCAAGAUGCUGGAGGAAAAUACAAAAAUCCUUAAAUUUGGCUAUCAGUUUACACAACAGGGACCACGAACCAGGGCAGCGAACGCUAUAACGAAAAACAAUGAUUUAGUGCGCAAGAGACGAGUUGAAGGAGACCAAUAAGUGCCAGAUUUCAUCACAACAAGGAAAACUUCAACGGGUCGCCAAGGAUAGUUCUUCAGUGACUUCAGACAAGUUACCUGGGUAGAAGGGAAAAGACUGGAAACUCACUCCUUUUUUAUUAUUGUUGUUAUAAUUAUUAUUAUUCAAUGAGCAACACUUUUUCUAGUUAAGGUGUUACAGGCACCGAACUGUAAAAAUACUGUGCAGAACCUUUUGUUUCAAUACUUUAUUAUUGCUUUCUGCUUAAAAUCAGUGGUAGGUUCAGAGAAUGGGAAGGAUGUAAUACAGAGAGAGUAUUGUUAGAAGGAAAAGUCGGAGGGGUCAUUUGAAUGGAAAGCAUUGUCUAUUUUGAGAACAAUAACCUUUUGUUGAAAAGGGAUUUUUCCACAUAGAAAUAUUUGGCUUUUAUCUGGUGGUUAUGACCUCAGCCUUUUUUCCGUUCAUGGGCGUUGAGAGUAAAUCAUGUACAGAUGUGUCACAGUAGCUGUUGCUCCUUAUAAAGUUGUUUGCUCUCGUGAUAUUAUGACCAAGCUUUAAUCUUAGCUUUUUUUUUGAAAACAUGGUCCUAAAGAGGCCUAGUUUUGCUUUCUUGCAAGAAAAGUAAAGACCAUAAACAACUUCUAAGAUUUUUUUUUUUUAAUUUAGAAUGUAUAGCAUCUUGUCAGAACCAGAUCAAGCUGCCAUGAAAAAUUUUCAAAGCAUCAGUGCUUUUUUUUUUUCUUUUACUGUUCUCAGCUGGAUAUAUGUUGACUUAUUUUACAAGUUCAACAGCCAUAAGACAAGUUUUUGUACCUUAUUUAAAGGCACGUGUGCAGGAAUUUCUAAAUACAUGAGAGCUCCUUAAGUAGUACACUCUGAAGUGGAAAACGACAUUUGUACAAUUCAAAGAGCCUGUAAAGCUAAUUCUCAAUUAUUCAGAGUCAUGGCAGGGCAGAAAGCCUUGUCAUUGAGGAUCAUAAAUCUUAGGUUGCGAUGAGACUAUGAACAUCUGCUAACGUUCAUCUGAAAAUGAAUGUUGAGUUGUCUACAUUUUUGAAUUAGAAACUAACCCUCAUAUAAGUUGAUUUCCACCUCGUACAACACUGGAGACCAUCAAACCUGUACAUAGAUUACUUUAACAGUAUUUCAGCAUCACUGCGAUAACAAAAAAAGCCAAAAAAAAGGAAUGGAUUUUUGUGUAAAUGGUCUGGGUUUGGAACCUAGUGUUGACUUUUCCUCUUACUGUAACAUUCACAUUCUGUCAAUAUGAUUUAUCAGGUGAUCAGGAAUCUUCUUGUUGCCCUGGGCCUUUUAAGUAACGCUGGGAUCUUUCUCUUUUUGCUAUGCUAUGGCCAAAAGGAAAGUUAAAGAGGCUGGAUAAUGCUCACCUGAAUAAUUGAGAAUUGGCUGUUAAGUCAGUGGACAAAAAACUAAAAAGCUUUACUCUGAAUUUUAAAAUUUGCACCUUGGAUAUUCUCUUGAUUUAUUGGACUCAGAAGUAGACAGCAAGUCAUGUACCACAGUACAGUAAAACCCUUUUAACAAAAUCAAAUGGACCGAUUUUCAGGGACUGUGGUGUAAAAGAAUACCAUAAAAAUACCAGAAAUACCAUAAAAAAUAUUUUUAUAGAGGCCUUUAUAGACUUCGGGUCCAAUGGAAAACUACGUUGGAUGCAGGUUUUUUGUUGUGAAAAGCUUUUUUUUUUGUCUUCGAACUAGACCUUCCUUAUUUACCAGCAGAAACUUCACUCUUCAGAGCAGUGAAACUUCCCAAGGUUCAGGGACUGUAAUGGUUCAAAAUAUUUUGUGCUCCCAAUUCAGUACGUCGACCACUAAAUUUAUUUCUCUGUGUGUUCACCAAGGCUUUAUUUUAAAUCUGCCUUCAACUUUCAAACUGCUGUAUGUGAUUUUGAGACUGCACGGUGUUCUGACAGUGUGGAAGUCAGGGGGUGAAUUAAUGAUAUUUAUUGAGCGCUUGCGUGUGAAUUGCAGUAUAUUAAGGGUAUGGGCGAGUUGAGUGGAGUUGGUACACGUGAUCCUUGCCUUCUAGGGGCUUAUAACCUAGUGAAUAAAUGUCCAAGUGCAUUGAAAGAUAUCAUGCAGUGGCAUCCAUCAAGCUGUCCUUGCUUACAUUGGCCUGUUUUGCAUUAAAUGGAUCAUGAAUGUGAUCCUGAGGUAGUUUCCUCCUUCGCCCUUGUUUUAAAAAAUAGGUAAGGGAAGUUGGCCAAACUGGGAUAUUGUCAUGUUAAACUUUUCCAGAUUUAUAUUUUUUUUAAAGAAACAUUCUGUUGGCUAGUUUGCUGAUACUGUUCCGUUCAUGGCCCUAUACUCUUAUCGGUGUAAUUCCCUUUCCGAAAUCUAAAUUCCUAUGCGAGUGGCUUCAAACGUGAACGAGUGUUGGUUAAAUUGGGAAUGCCGUCUAUGGAAGAGUAAAAACAACUGUUUUAAAAUAGCAUUUGUCGAAGCUCUUUGAUAAAUUGGCACCUUUUGCAGAGGGCUUUGAAUGCAUUUCAGUGGUUCCAUUAUGCUUAAAUAUACGUUACUUGAACAGAUAAAAGUAAAUUAGAGGGCAGGUCAUUGUUAAAAUAAAGCCUUUCUACACCAUAAAAACCUGUUUAGAAGCAUGUGGGUCUCCUAAAAUCUUCACUUCUUAUGUUGGGAGUUUGUAAUAGUUAAUUUCAAGAGAAAAUUCCAAAUGAAAGUGACCCGAAGGUUGAAUUCUUCGAAAAUGUCUGCAUGUUAAUAUGUUAAACUUUCAACAGAAAAGACUGAUAUCGAGCGAUAUUGUUUAAUGGUGGAUGUUGGUGCUAUAGAGAUGUGGCCAAAGUCCAGUGUAGGUCUACUGUUCCGACCAAGUUGUCUAAUUCUUUUGAAGGUGCCUUUCGUUGAAGACAAUCUAAGCAGUUUGUGUCAAAUAUAACAGAAUGCAAGAAUUUUCAGGGAAAGCCAUGUUUUUUGACACAGGGACUACAAAUUUUGGUCAUGCUGGCGAUCUGGUUUUCCUUUAUUGAGGUCUUUUCUGGUCAGGAUUAGCCACUGUAUAUUCAGUCCAGCGAACUGGGUACCAAUAAACCCUUCUGUGUGAGAGCUGGGUGGCCUGGGGGAUCUAGGGUGAAGUGAAAAUGCCUCUCUGAAUCUGAUUCAGACUAACAGUCACCCCAGUGCGAUGCAUCCUAAUUGACUUUUCUUGGUGAAGAGGUCAGGGAUUCAAGGGGAUGGAAAUGUAGCUUCCUUCUUCAUGAAAGAAACCAUCCCUAGUCAGUGAUUUCUGGGGGAAAGUUUGUACUGUUGUUCCCUCGGCGGUGCCUUUUUAGUGGCCCAGUGUCCGUCUCUCCAGCAACGUUCAUAAGCACCAAAUUCACUUCAUCUUAAAAAGGAAAAGAAAUUUGAGUUGUAGGUUUUAGAAUUUGGGGUAAUAUACACGGACUACAGCAAAAAUAGUGGCUUUCAUUUUCCAAGAGUUUUUCCUGAUGCUUUUCAGGCUGUGGUUGUUUUGGGAUAUUUUGGGGUGGGGGCAGUUGAAUUACAGUGGAUUAAUGCUCUGAGGCUUAUGGAAAUAUAUUUUUUUGUAACAGUGCGUGUUCUAGAUCACAUUGAGUUCAAAUGCUUAAAAGCACAAAGGAAGUCAUUGCUGUGUGCCCAAAAUGUAUUGUAAAUGUUCUCCUUUAAAGAUUAUGCCGUAAUGGGGAGCGGCUGAAAGCCGUGAACUCCGUAACAAUGAUAUUUGAGUAAUACUAAGUGUUGUAAAUUACAAACUCGAGUCAGGUCAGUUAAGUUUCUUUUAUGGAAACAUGGAUUAAGUACUGUACUUCAAGUAUUUAGAAUAUUAGCACUAUAUACUGUAAAAUAAAGUAAUUCAAUAAUUGUGGUAUCUUAAUAAAGUUUAUAAAAUAUUUC